CCGUGCUCAUCACUCCUAGGCUAGAUCGUGGCCCUGCUGGUCGUGGGAGGAAGGCGCGAGGCACUUGCCUGGUGUGUGCGACACGCGCGAGCGCACGGGGCAGGCGAGGAGCUGCUGCUAGGAUGGUGGCCAAGAAGCCGAGGGUCGUCAUAGUGGGCGCGGGCGUGGCCGGGCUCACGGCGGCGCAGCGGCUGUGCGGCGGGGGCGGGGACAGGUUCGAGGUCACGGUCGUGGAGGCCGGCGACUGCGCGGGCGGCCGUGUGCUGACGUCCGAGUUCGCGGGCCACCGGGUCGAGAUGGGCGCCACGUGGGUGCAGGGGAUCGACGGGAGCCCCGUGUACGCGCUGGCGCGCGACGCCGGCGCGCUCGGCGGGGAGGAUGCUGGCGGUGGCUGGCUCCCGUACGAGCGCAUGGACGGAUUCCCCGACCGCGUGCUGACUGUCGCCGAGGGCGGCGAGGUCGUCGACGCGGACCGGGUGGCCAGGCCGAUCGAGGAGCUGUACAGGGGCAUGAUGGAGGCCGCGCGUGCCGGCGAUGUGAGCGGCGGAGGGGGCGUCGAGGAGUACCUGCGGCGCGGGCUCCGCGCGUACCAGGCGGUGCGCCCGGGUGGUGGCAAGGAGCUGGAGGACGUCGAGGAGGCGCUGCUCGCCAUGCAUAUAAACCGGGAGCGGACGGACACCUCUGCAGACGACCUCUGCAUCCUCGACCUCACAGCCGAGGGCGAGUACCGCGACUUCCCCGGUGACCACGUCACGAUCCCCGGCGGGUACUCCCGCGUCGUCGAGCACCUCGUCGCGGCGCUCCCGCCAGCCACCGUCCGCCUCGGCCUCCGCCUCUGCCGUCUCGACUGGGGCGAGACACCUGUGCGUCUCCACUUCGCCGAUGGCGCGCCGACACUCACCGCCGACCAUGUUAUCCUGACGGUUUCGCUAGGCGUCCUCAAGGCCAGCCUCGGCAAGGAUUCCUCCGCCGCGGGCGCCAUCACCUUCGACCCGCCGCUCCCGCAGUUCAAGCGCGACGCCGUCGCGCGCCUCGGCUUCGGCGUCGUGAAUAAGCUGUUCAUGGAGUUGGAGGCCGUGGAGGCACUGGAACCGGAAGGCGGCCACGGCGGCGACCGUCACCUGGCCACGUCGGCGCCGCCGGGUUUCCCGUUCUUGCACAUGGCGUUCCGAGGGCACGUGUCUAAGAUGCCGUGGUGGAUGCGCGGCACCGAGUCGAUCUGCCCCGUGCACGCGGGCUCCAGCGUGGCGCUAGCGUGGUUCGCCGGGCGGGAGGCCGCGCACCUGGAAUCCCUCCCCGGCGACGAGGUCAUCCGCGGGAUCCACGCCACGUUGGACUCGUUCCUCCCGGCCCCACCCCGCGGCCGCGUGGGGCCCACCGCGACGUCACGGUGGAGGGUGAGGCGAAUCAAGAGGAGCGGGUGGGCCACGGACCCGCUGUUCCUGGGGUCCUACAGCUACGUGGCCGUCGGCUCGAGCGGCGAGGACCUCGAUCGGAUGGCCGAGCCGCUGCCACGCGGGCAGGACGCCGACGACCGGGCGCCGCUACGCGUUCUGUUCGCCGGCGAGGCGACGCACCGGACGCACUACUCGACGACGCACGCGGCGUACCUGAGCGGCGUGCGGGAGGCCGACCGGUUGCUGCAGCACUAUCGUUAGCGUUGCACCGACGAGGCGACGAGUGGGUGUCGCGUUUUCGGAAUUCUUCAGCUUCUGCCGCUUUUUGCUUUAAUGUACUUUUGGUACUCUGCUUAUGCUGUUUCGCGUGAUUCACGUGGUAGUUAUGCUACCCUGUUGUUGGUAUGUGCUAGUGUGCUACAGCCGAUAUUCAUGUAUGGCUGGGGUAAUCUAUGGUUAAGGAAGCUUAUUAUUAUGUACCAGUAAC